AUGGAUUCCAACAAAACAUCGGAAUGUAAUGAUUUCCCAAAGGCCUAUAUAUGUAUUCAGAAAUGUUUAGAUUUAGGGUUUGACGUCGCUUAUUCGGACAGAUAUUGUUUUUGUACAUGCUAUCACAAGAAAGGGAAAGCUAAACAUACAACUCGUGCUACCGCUACCAAAACAAAAUGGAAACUUGGUGCUCCAACAACAAAAUUACCUGUUUGGGCAUCAACAAUUAAAAAUCAUACAGACGUUGAAUACAUAUUACUAGAUGGUAAUGCAACCUUACCUACAAACGAAAAUGCUACCACUGAUGGAACUCAUGUAACUGACAAUUCUACUGGAGUAACACCUAAAGGUGACAGCAAUUCGACAGCAACAGCAGUAGAUGGGAAAACAGGAACUGGUGGAACGGGAGAGGUACAUAAUGGUACAACUGUAUCGGGUGGUACGAAUAACCCACCAGGUAGUGACGGUACACAUACAGGAGGUGCCGAUACAGGCGGCACUAAAAAUCCACCUAACAGUACACCUGGAGGUACAGACAAACCAGCUGCUUCCACUUAG